CUACAAUGUGAGGUUGGGGGGAAGCUGGUGAUGGAGGCCAAGGGACAGUUUACUGCCCUUUUGGGGCUAGGGUGAGGUUCAGCCCUGGAGUGGUACAUGUGACUGGAGGAGGAGCUCAGGGAGCUGGAGGGAGAGCUCAGGGGAUGAGGACUGGUGUGUUUGAGGGAGCUGAGAUGGGCUGAAAACUAGAGAGUGCAGGUGCUGGAGGUGAAGGGGACCUGGGCACAGAAGUUAUAAGGGAGGCUGGGGCAAGUGUUGAAGGGGAAAGGUAGGUCUGGGAGAAAGAGAUGAUGAGUGGAGGCUGGAUCAAGGGAGAGGUGAGGAUGGUGGCUGAGCAGUGGUUGGGGCCCUCGGUGAUUGGAACAGGCAAUAUAGAGAGGAACCAUGGGUUGCUGGGUAGGGAGUUGGAACAAGAGCUAACUAUGAAGAGGCCAGGUCCCUCAGGAACCUCCCAGAAUUGGGCCCUAAUUGUGUAACAACUUUUCCUUAAAUCCUUCUUGCCUUAUUCACACCAGUAGAACCAUUGAAGUCUGUGUGACUCUGAGUUUAAGGUGUGGAAAACCCUUUAUGCAGCAGAAUCAGUCAAUACAGUGCUGCUGCUUGAGGAGGAAAAGCCACCCACACUAGUGCUUGGAAAUGUUACCAGAUGUCUCCAAGUCAGAGAGGACUAAACAAUGCCAGCCUAAGAUUUAAGAUGAAAGAUGAGUGGCUCUGCUCUUUAUGCCCAGGGUCACAGUCUCAGAGAGAGGCAUCCCCCGAGAUAGCCAGGUUCCAGCCUAUUAAAGGCCUAGAAGAUCUGAAAGGUGGUGAUUUCUCCAGCAAAAGAAAGGAGCAGGGACAAGUCUGCAGUUUGGUCUUCAGAUUUGGGAAGAAAUUCAGCUCUGUUGUAAGCAAUAAAUGGGAGUUGUGCCUGUAUCUAUUUGGCUCUGUCUCUACUGCAACAAGAAGCAGCAUGGAGAAGAAGUUGGCAUGGAUUGCUGUUGGUUUUAUUGGCCCAUCCUCUGACUGAUCAGACUUGGAACUCUUCGGUCCCUCUGGUAUUCUCCAGAUCCUAAUGGACAGUUGAGUUAGACUCCAGCUAUGGCAAAGGCUUUGAAGCUGUGCUGCUUUGUGAUGAAGACCUAAGUAGUAAUUAAAUUCCUGAAGAACUGCCAAGUCUCCUAUUGGCUGAAAUGGGGAUGUUCCAGGCUCUGGUCAUUGAGUUGCGAAAAAAAGAAUGUUUAAAGAUGACACAGGUACAGCAGUGGAGCCUUCUGUAAGACAUGGAUAGAUGCAAACAUGUCGGGCGGCUACGACUUGCCCAGGACCAUUCUAUCCUGAAUCCCCAGAAGUGGCACUGCAAAGACUGCAACACCACGGAGUCUAUAUGGGCUUGUCUGAAAUGCUCCCACGUGGCCUGUGGAAGGUACAUUGAGGAACAUGCACUUAAACACUUUGAAGAGACCAAGCAUCCCUUGGCUAUGGAAGUUAAUGAUCUGUAUGUGUUUUGUUACCUUUGUGAAGACUAUGUCUUGAAUGAUAAUCCUGAGGGUGAUUUGAAAUUGUUAAGAAGCUCGCUUUCUGCUAUUAGAAGUCAGAAGCAUGAUCCAUCAGCAAGAAGUGGGAGGACAUUGCGAUCAAUGGCUUUGGGGGAGGAUGUGUAUAGCCAUCAAAGGACCCCUCAGGGACAGCCUCAGAUGCUCACUGCUCUCUGGCACAGGCGCCAAUCUUUGCUAGCAAAAGCACUGCGGACCUGGUUUGAUAAGAGUUCUAGAGGCCGGCUAAAACUAGAACAAAAGAAACAAAUGGAGGAACUGGAGAGAAAGAAGGAAGCAGCCAGGCAGAGGCGGCAAGAGAUGAAACGGCGACUUUUGGAGGAACUGGCAAACACUCCUCCUAGAAAGAGUGCGAGACUUCUGUCUCACGUUCACAGAGAGAAUUUGAUUCCAAGGAAGUUUAGAGAGAUGGCAGCAAGUUCCCCUACCUCAAGGCGAGUGCAGAGCAGCAGAUUCAGACAGUUUUAUUCCAUCCGGCGUAAGCCCCUAAUGACUCCUGGUGUGACUGGCUUAAGGAAUCUGGGAAACACAUGCUACAUGAACUCAAUCCUUCAAGUGCUAAGUCACCUCCAGAAGUUCAGAGAAUGUUUUUUGACACUUGACCUCUGUGAAACUGAAGAACUCUUAGCCAAAACCGUGAAUGGAAAGUCUAGAAUGUCUGGCAAGUUGGCAAAUGGAUCUGCUGCUAAUGAGUCGGGGAGGAAUGAUAAAAUGGGGUCAUAUGGCAGGCAAAGCUUGCCAGCUGGCUUAAAUGGUGGGUCCUCAAUAAGCAGGAGUUUAGAACUAAUACAGCCCAAGGAACCGAGUUCAAAGCACAUUUCUCUCUGUCAUGAACUGCACACCCUCUUCAGAGUCAUGUGGUCUGGGAAGUGGGCAUUAGUGUCUCCAUUUGCCAUGCUGCACUCCGUGUGGAGUUUGAUUCCAGCAUUUCGAGGUUAUGAUCAGCAGGACGCUCAGGAAUUUCUCUGUGAGCUGUUGGACAAAGUGCAGCAGGAGCUGGAGUCGGAAGGAACGAAGCGCAGGAUCCUCAUCCCUUUCUCACAGAGGAAGCUCACCAAGCAGGUCCUGAAGGUGGUGAACACCAUUUUUCACGGGCAGCUGCUCAGUCAGGUCACCUGCAUAACAUGCAACUACAAAUCCAACACCAUUGAGCCCUUCUGGGAUCUUUCCCUGGAAUUCCCUGAACGCUAUCACUCUAUUGAGAAAGGGAUUGUCCCCGUUAACCAGACAGAGUGCAUGCUGACAGAAAUGUUGGCCAAGUUCACAGAAACAGAAGCUCUGGAAGGGAGGAUAUAUGCGUGUGACCAAUGCAACAGCAAACGACGGAAGUCUUCUCCUAAACCUCUUGUUCUGAGUGAAGCUAAAAAGCAGUUAAUGAUCUACAGACUACCUCAGGUCCUCCGGCUGCACCUUAAACGAUUCAGGUGGUCUGGACGUAAUCACCGUGAGAAGAUUGGGGUCCAUGUCCUCUUUGACCAGGUAUUAAACAUGGAACCUUACUGCUGCAGGGACUCUCUCUCCUCUCUUGACACAGAGACCUUUGUCUAUGACCUCUCCGCUGUGGUGAUGCAUCAUGGUAAAGGGUUUGGCUCAGGACACUACACAGCAUAUUGCUACAACACAGAGGGAGGUUUUUGGGUCCACUGCAAUGAUUCCAAACUGAAUGUAUGUAGCGUGGAGGAGGUGUGCAAAACCCAGGCCUACAUUCUUUUUUACACUCAAAGAACAGUGCAGGGCAAAGCAGGAAUCUCAGAAACACAACUCCAAGCUCAGGUGCCGUCCAAAAACAGCGAUAAGGACAGAAGACUGACAUUCCCAUGAUGGGAAGCAUUAAUAACUCAACUGACUCUCUCAGUUUUUUAAACCAUUGGUGUUCACACAUCAUUCCUCUUCGUAGGAAUAAAGGCUUACUGCAGGAACAGAUCAAAUCACCAUGUUUGCCACCCCAGGGUCCGGAAAAAUGCCUAUCAGGCUGUGCAAUUCCGUCAUAGAAAAUUGUAGUCAGAAUCUUUUCUUCUUUUUUUUUAAUUGGUAAAACUCACUUUCCUCAAAACAGCCACAGAUGCCUAGUAUCGUUCAUCUUAUUUCAAACAGAAAUUAAAUGAAGCAUGUAAAAGUAAGUACAACCCAUUUGUUCAUCCAGAAUACAAACCUAUCAAACUGACUCCCAAAUUCGCUAGUAAUUAAUACUGCUUACAAAAAACAUCUCCAGAAAAAAUAGAGGUACAGUAGAAUCUCACUUAACCUUCAUUCCCUUGAUGUCAAUGAUAUUCUCUGGUGUGAAUCACUUACCCAGUCCCUUCCCACCUGUGUUUGUCUGAGUGGCUUCAAUUUCCCCAAAAUACCUUGAAUAGGUGGAGUUGUAUUUUUCAAAAGGCAUUCUUGCUGGAGAGUCUUCUAAGGCCCUUUGCCCUAGGAAAAUGUUUCACCAAGCCUUAAUCACAUUGUCUGUAACAGUGCUGAAAACAUUCUGAAAACAGAUUAGUGCACAUAGAACACCACCAGUAGAGAAAGGGACUAGAGGAUGCCCUUUACUGACUUCCAUUGUCAGCAACGGAUCAUUUUCUGAGUAUUGACAGGGCCUAAAUUUAGCAUUGGUACACACAUGGCAGCAUUUUUCUUUAACUGGACUGAAUUGACUUGGAAAUUUAGUGUUCACUUCUGAUAUGGAAUGUGAUAAAUGUGGUUCUGCUCUGGAGAGAGAUCAUGUAAAAGUGGAACCUUCUGCUUGAUCAGAUCUGCCCCAGUACAUGUUCAGAAUCCUGUCUGCAGAUGUUAGCAGCAAAAAUAAGUGUGAGUUGUUUUUUAUUCCUGUUAGCGCUACAGUGCCAAUGCAGCUAUAGGGGAAUGUGCUGGAUUUUGGGUUUUUUUGUGCAUAAACACAAUUGCUUACUAAAUUCCAACCUGUUACGCUUAUGCAAGUUUGUUGAAGACAAUGAGAUUACAUAGAAUGGAGGGAAGAAUUUGGCCAGCCACAUCUUGGCUCUCAAAUCCCAGUUUGAGUUUGCAGAGCUGCAGACUUGUAAAAACAUCUUUAUACUUGCAAUCUGAGCUUGGUAUAGAAAUCACUGAAACACAGCAACCAUAGGGCCUCACGGUACCAUUUUGUCUCUUUUCCCAGUAGAACCACACUUAAAACAUUUAUUUAGUUUGAGGAUUGUGCUGUCCAUGUUCAAUUUUAGAGAUCAGACCUGAGAGUUUGAAAGAGGGUCUCUUGUUCCCUGUGCAGUCAGUCUUGUUUGGUGGAGAUGGCUAAGGUGGAAACAAUUUAAAAAUCCAGUGGGACAUUUUAAACCUCAGAAAUUUAAACUUAAAAUCCAGAUAAAAAGUCCUGAAAUCAUUGGUUUUCCUUCUUUCCUUUUAUUCUUGUCAGCAUUUGCCCACCAGAUAUAAACUAAUUGGCAGAGCCAUCCUAUUGUUCUAGAGGGUGGGAUAAAUUUCCUGAAGUAAUACCCUCUUGCCAUUGCCACUAUCAUGACAAUUAACCUCCUGUCUUAAGGGCAAAACAGACUCUCCUCUCAGGUUGUUGUUAAUCACUCCAACUAUCCAGGAGGGAGGGAGGGAGCAGUAUGGCAGGGCAGACAACCAACUCCUUUCCUGUCGCCAGAGCAAAGACUGAGUGUGUCACCUCAAGGAGACACUGGUCUUCACUGUCCUGGAGAGUGGGAGUUGCUCAAGAAUCCAUGUUUCCUGUAUGUCUGAGCAACGUGUUGCUUUGGAGCCUACAAAAAUCGCCUGGUUUUGUUUUGCUAGUAACUGUAAUUUCAGAAUUCUAGAUUUUCACUCACUGGAGGCAGAGCAAUUUGAGGCAGUCCCAUAGGUGCUAAUGAAAUUUGUUUUGUUUAAAAAAAAAAAAAAAAAAAAAAAAAAAAAGCCUUAUCUGUAACUAGGCUUGGAAGGAUUUGAUUUUUAUUUCUUAUGAAUUCUGACAGGUAUUUGUUUAUUUCCUAGGUGUAUGUACUGAUUUUUUGGGGGGCAAUUCAAGGAAAUAAAAACAAACCCCAUAGAUAGUAACUAUUCAAAAUGUAAUGGGCCAAAUUAAGACAGAAUGUAAGGAGAUUCAACUCCACUAAAUUCACUGCAGUCCAAAUUUGGCCCAGGGAAUGUAAAAGUUGAGGUCCGUAAGAUUUAGAAACAAAAUCAUGCAGCUGUGAUUAUCAAAUAUUUAUAAGCAUGAUUGGUUCUUUGCUAAUACAAAAAGUACAUACUUAUUAGUCCAAACAAUAUUUGAAAGAAAAAAGUAGAGAAGAGAAAGCUGAAGUACUAAAAUACCUUUUUAAUCUUUUUUGGGGGUGGAGGGAAAAAUAGAUAUUUUCCAAAGCACUGAUUAUCCUUCCAAGCCUAUCAGUUCUUUUAAGAUGAAAUUGGACCCAUUAUUUAACAGAAAGUAGAUUAUUUGCUUUUAAACAGCAGAUUCACAGUUUACCAUGACUGAUGACCAUAAUGGCAAAUUUACUUUCUGAAAACUCCUGCCAUGGUAACGCUGUUAUAGAAAAGUCUAUGAUAUAAAGGCAAACCACAAUGCAGCAUUACAAUUGUUACUGCAGUGAGCCUAGACUUAUCACUAUGAAUGCUCAUCUUUUGACUGAGUGUGUUGCAUUAAUAUUUGAAUUCAGGUAGUAAUACAGUUGUCACUUGAAUUGAGUAGGUUGCAGAGAGGGAAGGGAGGCUGGAAGGAGGGUGUACAUUUAGCCAUCAAUGUAUCAGAUUUCCCAAGCAGAUUUGUAGCAUUUGCUGUUGACAUCUUUUGAGAUUAGUGGCCUCUCCAUAUGACAUUAACCCAGUAGUGCUGAGAUGUGGAGAAAUUGCAGUCAGAAAAAAUGACUUACCCUGGUAGGGAAGGAAAUAAUUAUACUUUAAAUUAAACUUGCUUUUUCCAACACUGUGAGGUUUCUGUAAUAUUUAGCUUUUAUUUGGAAGCGAUAGCGUAUAGCAUUUUUUAUGCUGUUUGGUUUAUAUUUGUCUACUGCAGGCUUCUUUAUAUAAGCAUCGCCCAGUGCUCCCACUGUGCUGUACACUGUUUUAUAGUGUCCUGGUUGCCAGAAAUUCUGAUUGGAAGUUACAUGUCUAGGUCGAUAAGAUGAAGAUGUUACUUGCAAUUACAGUGAAGUCCACUUAAGUGAAUGCUUGACAAAAGUGUAACCUAUCAAAUAAACUUUGUCCCUCCUUAAUCCUAUGAGUCAAAUUAUGCUCAGACACUGGCAUAUACUUAGAGUAGCUCAGUUGAAGUCAAUUGAAUUACUGCAGAUUUAGGUCCCUAUCCUGCAAACACAUAACAUAUGGGUGCUACCUGAAUCAUGCAAGUAGUCCCAUUUACUUUAAUAAGACUACUCAUGUGAGUAGUUAUGUACAGUAGUUAUGUUGGCAGAAUCAGAUCCUUAAAUUGGUGUAAUUAAGAGCAGAAUUUGGUCCUGUAUGGGUAGUUAAAAUUCUUCAAUUUAAAAAAGAAAAAAUGGGUGGAACAGGCUAAUAUCUCAAUUCUUUUUUAAAUGACUGGAUGAAUAAGAAAUUGUGCCUGCUCUGUACAAGUUUAUUGGCUUGAUGGAAACCGUUUGCAAGAGAUCGCUGCUGCAUAUGCAAAUACAAGGAUGUCGAUGACCAAAUUUGUAAGGCUCUGAAGCAGCAACUAAUGCUAGCCUUAAACCUUUAGAGUGCUACAGUAGACGAAAAAUAAUUGUCACCAUUUUUUCUGUCCUACCUUUGCUCCUGUGGCUUUCUAGGAGCCCAAUCCUGUCAGGUGAACAGAGCCUCCUGAGAGCAGUGGUGCUGAGCAACACCCAAAGCUAAUGGGAAUGUGAUUGGCACCUUGCAGGAUAGGCCUCUAGAAGCAUAGGAAGCUGCUGUAAAUUAAUGAAUUACUUAUACUCGUACGUAUGUGCAGCUUGAAAUAUGAAGGCACCACCAGCACCUCCUUAAUCUAUUUAAAUCUUAAGUAAACCAGCUUUAUUUCACUUAGUUUUUUAAAUAUGAAAAUCUUAACCUGACCAUGAAGUUGUAAAUUUUAAGUCCCAAGGUCUGCUGAGGUAGUUGGAAAACAUUGUCUUAGGCUAACUUCACCACUAGCAAGUUAAUUACAACUACUUCCCAGUACCGUACUCUCUUACUGCCUGCACUGCCAAGUUACACUAUGCACUGGGCGAAGAGGAAUUUCAAUGCAAAAUACUGAAAGCUGACAAAGUUUUUUGUUGUCUACUGACUAGAUGAACUCCAGUUUGAUAACUUCAAACAUUGUCACAGGUGAGGCAGUAGAUAGAAUAAUGCAUAUUAAACAGUCUGGGACUGAGCUGUCAUAUUGGAAUUGUUCCCUUCCAGGUGACAGGACCACCUCCACACAGUUAAGAACUUCCAGACAUCUUGAGUGUAGAAAUAAAAUUGGAAAUGGUAAAAAUGUUAAAUGUGUCCUAUGGACUCGUAAGCAGAGAUUAUUUUUGUUUUUAAAAGCCAAGGCUUCUAGUGUAAAUAGUCUCCCUGCCAUACAGAAGCUCUGAUAGAAUAUGCUUAGUUACUUCCCAGUGGGAGAGACAAGCAAGUGGGUGUUGGCUGCCAUCAAAAUACCCCAGCAUAAAAUGGGAGAGGUCAACAGUAUUACAGACAGAAAAAUUUGAAAAAAAAAAGGGGGGGCAGGAAUGGGAGACUGGGAAAGGGGUUAGUUUUACCUACUGAUAAAGCUUUGUGAACUAAUUUUUAUAUGAUUCAUUAAAUUUGGUGCCUUGUAUCCAAUUACAUUUUGCAUGGGACCGAAAAGUUGGGAGUUUUAAAAGAAUUUCCCCUCUCAUCAUUCAAGUGGCAGACAAAUCUGUAUGUUUUUUACAAGUACUUUUCAGUGUCAUUGACAUUUUUACAUUUCAUAUCUGUAUGUGAAUGAAGAAAAACAGUUCUUACCAGCAAGUUCGGAACUUGGUGUAUUUUGGUGUACAUGUCUGAAAUCUCUGUGUUUGUAAUAACUCAAAUGACUACUUGUUCAAAGGCAGAACAUGUUUGUUUGUUUUUUUAUUUUCUUUCUAUGUUACUCAGACCACUUCCAAUCAGGUCAGUAAGGUUACACCUCUCAAAACAAGAACCUUAUUUAUAAUAAGACCUGUGUUAUAUGAGGGAUGAAAUCUCCACUUGCAGCAUUUUGGUAGAGUAGUAGGAGUUUUGGAAAGGCCUUUCUGAUUUAAACAUAUUGACUGAUAAUUGGAGACUUAAGAAGGGGGGCGGGGGGAGAGAUAGUUACCUUUGACAUGGUACUGUUUGCACAGAUUUACCAGUUAGCAGUGUAGUAAACAAUCCCACAAUACUGCAGUUUCAUAUGCAAGAUGCACGGUUGUUUAAGGUGGCUAAAUAUCUCUACUUAAACUGUAGAUGAUAAAAUCCCAACUCCUGCUCUGAAUGCUGCCUUCUUUUGUGUCUAAUCUCUGCACCUUGUUUGAGAUUAGCCAGGGAGGAAGGAGUUGAGUAGGAAUUUCUUGCCUGUGGGAAUAUAAAACCUAAACUGGGAGGGUUUUUGGUUUCUAUUACAUUAAUAUUGAUAUCCAUGUAUUUACAAGUGGGAAUGUGAAGCAUUCUUGCAAGUUUUUAAAUUUAUAAAACCACAGCACAGGUUUCAUGAUCAAAAACUGCAUUUGUUAGUUUACCUGUACCAAUUUGUAAUUAGUUGUCUUAGUUAAUUUUAGGGUAUGCCUUGGGCCAUUCCUUCCAUUGUGCUUAUAUUAUUUUGUGUGUAUGUAUGAGUUCCAGUUGUUCUAAGAAUAAUUUGUAUGGUUGGCCAAAAUGCUUUCAAAAGGAACUUUUAAACUGGAACAAGUCUUCUUAAAAAUGUUUUCAACUUACAUUUCCAAAAGGAAAAAAAAAAUGACCAACCCAAUGGGCCCAAGACUGACUUUAACCACUGUUAACUAUUUAUUGUUUGAAGCUUGUGCAUGAACAGCUCUUUUACUGAAUUCUGUUCAGGUUGGAGUUUGGGAAAGGGAAGGAGUUAAAAAAACAACCCACUGACAAAGCUGAAGUGACCACUGUAAAACGUUUUGGAGUAUAUGUAGAUGAGGCAGGAAGAGUUUAAUCACCAGAGGAUCCAGCAGUGAAUGCUUUUGUGUGUGGGUGGUGGCGGCAGCAAAGGGCAUAAAAUCCAAGAAUGGAAUCUGAUCAGCAGCAAAAUCCUAACCCUUGAGGGCCUGCCACUUAUACUUUUUGUAGAAUGAAUGGUUAAGUUUAAUGGAAAACUAUUCCUUCUCAGAAACUAUCCACUCACUUCUCUGGAGAUUUAAAGAAAAAUAUAAAGGAAGUCACCUGCUUAAACCCCACAAUGGUCACUUGGAGGUAAAAAAGGAAUGAAUAGACAACUAAUAGCUUGUACUUUGAUUUAAUAUUAAAAAAUUAUGGUUAAGCAUUUCAGGGUAGAAAACUAUUGCCUUAGAUAUGAGAGAGAAACUGAACUCUUUUCAUGUUAAAAUUAAACUCUGUAGAGAACUUUCUGAUGCUGGCUUUUUGCUUGAUGAGCAGAAAAAACAUCUAGGGCCUGAGAAUGGAACAGCAUUUAGUGCACUUGUAAUUAGAGUCUCAAUCUAAGAGCUUGUCUACAUGGUGGGGUAAUGCAUGCUCUGGGAGUGUAAUUUUUUGAAGUGUACUGUGUGUUGCACAUUAAUAGGUCUGGUCUGCACACAUUUUCUAUCAGCAUAACUUUUAGUUAGGGUUGUGUGGUUUGGUUCUUUUAAACCAAUAACUAAAGUGAUACGAUGUCCUACGUGUGGCUGGGUGAAAAGUGCUUAAACCAGUAUGGCUUAUUCCCCUUCUCAUUUGUGGAAUAAGCUGCAGUGGGAUACGUGUAUAACAGCAGCCACACUGGAGAGUGGGGGGAUUGUACCACUUUAGCUAUACCAGUAUAGUUAAACCACGACAACUCUUGUGUGUAGACAAGGCCUAACAAUGUAUCUAUCAAAAGAGACAAGCUAGAGCCUUAAGUGAAUGACUUUUUCUGCCAGCUUUUCCUGCUCUAGUCUAGAAUCUGUCCCUUAAUUUAAACAGGUGCCUAGAUACACCUUGGCACCUUUCUGAUUGGAUAAGUAAUGCUACCUUUAAUCUGUCUAACUCAGUACUCCUGCUCUGGCAAGGCUACAACUGUAUACACUCCUGCCUAAUCUUAGUAGAAAGCCCUUACCACUUGACAGUACCAUUUGGCCUAACAAUUAAAAUUCACAUAGGUAUAGAUUUCCCCCUGCCUCAAAUAAACCACACAAAUAUGUGAAAACUCAACUUUGAGUAAGUGUUUGAGGGGCCCCUUGCUGGCUGCUGCCAAUCAGAAGUGACCUUGAUACUGGCACCAUGAGGAGCCCAUGGUGUGAAGUAGAACUGAUCCAUUUUAACUUAGCUUUAAAUAAGCAUUUACAAAUUCAGGGGGAAACUUACUUAAUGCCAUAACUAUUAGUGUCCAUUAAAGAGAGAGCUCAUAUGAGAGGAAGAAAGUUAUAAAAGUUAGCUAAGUUGUUUGCCUGAAAUAAAAUCCCCCUCAAUGUUUUUUCCAAUAGUCUUCCCCUUCUUAAUGUUUUAAAAUCCGAUUUAAACGUUCACAUAACAGAUAAACUUCAUAGAAGAUCAGGGUUGGAAGGGACCUCAGGAGGUCAUCUAGUCUAACCCCCUGCUCAAAGCAGGGCCAAUCCCCAGCUAAAUCAUCCCAGCCAAGGUUUUGUCAAGCUGGGCCUUAAAAACCUCAAAAGAAGGAGCUUCUACCACCUCCCUAGGUAAUGCAUUCCAGUGCUUCACCACCCUCCUAGUGAAAAAGUUUUUCCUAAAAUCUGACCUAAACCUCCCCCACUGCAACUUGAGACCAUUACUCCUUGUUCUGUCAUCUGCUACCACUGAGAACAGUCUAGAUCCAGAUUGUAAACUUCAUUUACAAUUUCUGAUCAUGGAUUUCCAAGCUUCUUUAUGGAAUAGUGAUUAAGUAUGGGAUUUUGAAGAUUGGAUUGGCCUAAUUCUUCUCCCAUUAAAUCAAUAGGAAUUACACCAUUGACUUCAAUAGGAGCAGUUAAACCAGGGCCAAGUACUUUUUAAAAUCCCAUUAUAAAGUAACGCUUUGCUUGGUGAUCCUUGGAAGACUGCUGUCCUUUAAAUAUUUGCCAAGGCUGGAAAGAACAGAGUUUUCUUUUAACACUAAACAUUCUCUUGAAAGCAGAAAUGAAGGAUGGAUGUUUUUUGCUUUUUUGAGCGAGAAACCCAAAGUGUGAAGGGGAAAAAAAUAACUUGGCCAGAUCGUUGGCUUUUCAGUGACUUUUGUGGGGAGCUUUAAGUCAAAGCUAUGUGUAGCUGUAAGUACAGGCUUCUGCUACCUGAUCAAUAAUUACCUAAGCUGAUACACACCAUGCUCUGGUAAUUAACAAGGCUGUCUUAGCUGCAAGGACUUUCAUAGAUGAUAGCUAGGAAUCUAACUAAUUGCUGGCCAUUUCAGUGCAUAGAUGUAAACGAGCUCUAUUUCAGUCAACAUCCAAGUAACUCACCAUGACAGAAUUGUGUGCCUAGAGCUGCAUAACCUGGCUCCUGUCUGAACCCAAGUUCUAGGAAGAAGUUAGGGUGUUAAGUCAAAAACCUUUAGGAAUCAAGUUUAAAUCUAUCCAAUGUUCUUCCCUUUUUAUUUUUGCUGGAAGAGGACAUAUCUCCUGUUUAGUGAGACUUAAGUUCAUAAUGAGCAUCCUUUGCUGAAUACUGAUACUUGUUCUGAAAAUUUAGGUGGAGAUUAUUUCCAAUUAACUUACUAGAUAAAGCUGAAAUUGACUUAUUUCCUCCAUCUGCUCUGAAGGGCCCUCACUAUACCCCCACCAAAAAACAGAAACCUGAAUCUGUUGGCUGUGCUGUGUAGGACUCCUCUUAACACAGAGUAAUAGAUGAACUCAUGCAUAAAAUUCCAAAGGAUCUGAAGCCAUGCUGCAGUGGUGCUGCAUAAUGCUCAGGGCUGGAACAUGUGCUACUGUUUGUAGCUAUAGCAUGACAAUGCAUGUGAUUAAAGCUAGAAAGGAGCAGUGCUUCUGAGCCUGUCCUCCAUAUCGUCACUUUCACCUCCCAUGGAAUAGCCUCACCAAGAUCAGCUGGAUUCCAACAGCAGCUUAAUGGUGGCAACUAGUAGAACCAGUCCAAGGCACUAAAAUGCUAUGCAACACCAAACAGCUUCUUCCCCAAGUAUAACAUACAAUCAUAAUUCCUCUAAGAUAAAGAAAUGCACCAGCUUUAUCCUGUCUGAACUUUUAUCCGUGUACAUUUCUGGUGGUUAGAGUUUACCUAGGGCUUUUAAAAAUGUUGUUUUCCCUUUGAAUAAAUAGCUGACAAGUCCUGCUUACAACACAGGAUUAGGACUUGUUCCUUUCUCUUUUGGGUGUGAAAUAUGAAUCAUGUUUUUAUGAUUUUUGUAAAUCUUUACUCUUUUUUACACCUUGUUUUGUAAGAUGAAGUUUCCUAUUAAAAGAAUAAAAUGCCAGUGCAA